AGUGACAGUACAGAGGGGUGUGUGUUCAGAUCAGUGCGGGCAAGACUAACACAGAGUUAUAUUUAUGGAUUUUCUCCCUUUACCAUUUUGAGAUCGCACUAAGUUAGAAGUUUUCUAUUUUGCACUUUUAUUAUUUAAUAAGAAGAAUUUUGGAAGGGCACUUUUCAUUGUCUCAUAUUUAUUGCAUUAGGGCUCUCGGGGAUGUGACUGUACGGAUCUGAACCUUUUUGCGGAAAAUAUACCCAUGUGACAGUGGCAUGUGUGGAUAAAAGUCAUCUUUGUGUUUUGAUUUCAAGAAGAAUUGCAACAUUGGAUAUUUUAAAGACAUUUUCUUUUGAAAAGAACUGGAUUUGAACACAGUUGACAUGCCCAAUAUGAAGUCUCGCAGUGAAGACGAGGAUGAUGAACGUCAUUCUACAGAUCCUGACAGCAGGGACUCCAAGAAUUCUAAAAAGACCCUGUGCAAAAUUAAAUGGUCCCGGGAUGAGGAUGAGAAGCUAAAGAAGCUUGUUGAGCAACACGGAGCCGAUGCUUGGAAAUUAAUUGCCAAUUAUUUCCCAACAAGGACAGAUGGUCAAUGUCAGCACCGUUGGCAAAAGGUGCUCAACCCGGAGCUGGUGAAAGGACCCUGGACAAAAGAGGAGGAUCAGAGGGUGAUUGAGUUAGUUCACAAGUAUGGGCCCAAACGGUGGUCAGUGAUUGCCAAGCACUUACAGGGCCGCAUUGGCAAACAGUGCCGAGAGCGCUGGCACAAUCACCUCAACCCAGAAGUGAAGAAAUCCUCCUGGACCCAGGAAGAAGAUCGAAUUAUCUAUGAAGCACAUAAACGUCUGGGCAAUCGCUGGGCUGAGAUCUCAAAGCUGCUGCCUGGAAGGACAGACAACUCCAUUAAGAAUCAUUGGAACUCCACCAUGCGCAGGAAGGUGGAACAUGAGGGUUACUUGCAGGAGCCCAGCAAGAGCUACAGAAGUGACCUUGGCCAGAAGAAACGAUCCAAAUCCAGCCAAGCUGUGGAAUAUUCACAUGGCCAGAAUCAACUGAUCAUGAGCAGCCAAUCACAGCCGCCCAGAUAUCCGUAUGGUUCACAAAGCGACCAAUGUAUGGAAAACUUAAGUAUCGAGAUCUCUAACUUUAUGACGCCGUGCCAUGACGACCCAGACAAAGAGAAAAGAAUUAAGGAGCUAGAGCUGUUGCUAAUGUCAGCUGAGAGUGAAGUCAGAAGACAGUCGGGCCCUCGUAAUCCAGAGAGCUACUCCAGCUGGUCAGACACCCUGGCGGAUGAUACGGUCACCACCACAGAGAAUGUGGAUGACAGAGGGGUGGAGCUGUGCCGUUUAGAGGAGGGUCAGCCUGCUAGGAUGCCUUUGCCCCUCUCUCCUAGCAAGUUCCUGGCCGCUGAGGCCAGUGCUGUGCUGUCCACACUAGAGACUAUUCCAGAGUUUGCAGAGACCAUGGAGCUCAUUGACUCAGACCCUUUGGCCUGGAGUGAUGUGACCAGCUUUGAUCUCUCUGAGAGAGGCUCCUCCCCAAAACACACCAACCCCACUGAGGAGAGGUGCACAGAAAGCCUUGCCUACUCAAUAAAUGCUCCAACUGUCCCAGUGUUGGGCAGGCAGUGUGCUGCAGUUAGCCAGGGCAAGUCUGUGGCUCUUUCCAACAGAUUUAGCUCUCAACCAGCUUCCAUGAUGAGAAAGAAGAGGAGAGAGAGAGAGGAUCAGUCACCUGAUCCUGAUGAAAGGAACACCUGUUCUUUUAUAGACAACAGCGGGAACUCACCAAAAAACACCCCUGUCAAAGGCUUGCCAUUCUCCCCCUCUCAGUUUUUCAACGUGUCCGGUGGUGAGCCCUUGAGCCUCGACAAUCCUGCUCUUACAUCCACUCCAGUAUGUGGACAGAAAUGCCUCCUCAACACACCCCACCAGAGAGAAACCACACCAAAACACCAGAAGGAGAAUGCAGGUUUUAGGACCCCGAAACUUCAUAAGAAUAUUAUAAUCCACACUCCAAGAACACCCACCCCUUUCAAAAAUGCCUUGGCUGCCCAGGAGAAGAUGCAUGGCCCAUUAAAAAUGGUGCCCCAGCCUCUGGCACUUCUUGAGGAGGACAUCAGAGAGGUUCUGAAAGAGGAAACAGGGGCUGACAUCUUCACACAAGUGCAGAACCAACUUCACUAUAGAUCUUACGAGCAGAUGGAAGCUCCUGCAAGGAAAGUAAGAAAGUCUCUGGUAUUGGACAACUGGGAAAAGGACUGUUUAAAUGUACAGCUGUUUCCCCAACAGCAGAUUAACAACAAUGCUGUGUCUCACAGUGACGGUCUGUUGACCAGAUCCAUGCUCAUGAUGCCAUUGACAGAGAGAGAGGAGAACUGUUGCUCUCCUAGAUCACUGAAGAAUUCGCUUUCAUUAGUAUGUUCCCUUAGCCCACAGGGCAAGAGAGAAAACAUGACCCAAAGGAGCCCACCUUGCCAAACAUCCACUCCGCCCAACAGCAAUUGGGAGGCAGUGGUUUUUGGGAAAACGGAGGAUCAGCUGAUCAUGACGGAGCAGGCCAGGCGUUACUUAAACCCCACCGCCUGCAUUUCCAGAGCUCUCAUCCUUUAAACAUCACUUCUGCACUACAGCAACCCUCCCUCUUUUCCUCUAUCACACCGGCAUUUAACCUCUCCGACAAUCUGGUGUAGGAAACAGAAACACUCACUAUGAUGUUUGCUAAACACCUACUGAUAUAACAAUGUAUCGCUUAGAAUUAAAAAAAACUUGUAUGGAAAUGUAGUCAAAAUACAAAUAGCCCUAGAGUUGCAGUAUUUAGCUAACGGUAUUUUAACAUAAUUAUUUUCAUCCAUUUUUAGCCGUAAAAAUUGUGCUGAUUUUAAGGGCUGCUUUUCGAUGAACUUUUUUAAGAAGGAUUAAAUCAUAUAAAUUACAUUUUCAGAUAGUUUUUAAGCUCUUUUUAGAGGAUUUCAGAGACUAGUGUUAAAGGAGUAGUUCACUUUAAAAAAAAACUU